UACAGACUGUCGAGGAGUAGGAGGCGAGCGCCAGGCAGUGUGUGUGUCUCCGGGACGAGAGAUGCCGCCGCCACCGACGUUGCUCUCGGUGCUGUGUGUGUGCGUGUGCGUGUGCGUGUCCGUGUGCUGCGCGACCGCGACAGCAACUCUGACGGGCUCGCUGGGGUUGGCGUACUACCGCGCCCCUCAACAACACACCUGUGUCGAUAUCCCGCGCAACCUGUCACUCUGCCGCGAGAUCGGCUACGACAAGAUGCGACUGCCCAACCUGCUGGAACACGACACGGUGCUGGAGGCCACGCAGCAGGCCGUGUCCUGGGUGCCACUCCAGAACGUGCACUGUGACGCCGACACCCAGCUGUUCCUCUGCUCGCUGUUCAGUCCUGUCUGCCUCGACCAUCCCAUCUACCCCUGCCGCAGCCUCUGCGAGAAAGUGCGCCGCGGGUGCGAGGGCCGCAUGCGGACUUACGGUUUCCCCUGGCCGGAAAUGUUCCACUGUGAUAAGUUUCCUGUAGACAACGAUAUGUGUAUCGCUUCCCGGACGAGAACCGAGACGCCUCCUCCCCCAGGACCGGCCACAGGAAGUUGGGCUGACGGUAGACAGCAGAUCCAGGUCUUCAACCGCCGGCUAUACCCCCCUAAAACCCCAGGAUCUUCAGGCGCUGCUGGAAACGGCUGUAAGAUGUGCAACCAUGUGGAGACCUACGAGAACAUACUGGACAACUUCUGUACUUCUGACUUUGUGAUCCGCACGAGGUUCAAGAGAGUCCACAAGUCCAAGCUGAACUGCAAGAAAGUGAAGAUCCUGAAAAAACUGAAACCUGGAAUCUUGAGCAGGAAGUUGAGGAGGCCAGUGUUAAUUUUGGAUCCGCCAAAUUUGUGUUGCGAGGAGAAAAUCAAAAAGAAGAAUCAAGAAAACUAUCUAGUCAUGGGCCACAUACGAGGCAAUAAUCUUGUUCCAAGUUUCAUCAUGCAGUGGAUCGCCAAGAGCUCCAAGAUUUUCAAACAAGCCAUCAGGAUGUUCAAGAAUUUGAACUGCACGGACCCCAAGUUCAUUUCCCGCUCAGUAAUCGGGGACAUGCUCCAUCUCGGGGACUUGUCUGCCGUCUCAAACCCUGUUUUUACUCAAAAAGACGUACAAUUCCCAUUUUCAAUGUCAGUUCCCAGUAACUAAGACUGUCCAUGACUUGUGAAUAGAUUACCAUUACAUGUACUUUUUUAUGUUUAGAUGACAAUGAUAGUUCAUGCUGUGUCAUUUAAAUUUGUGUUUACCACCAGUUAGUUGACAAUAAAUGCUAACAUUUAUCUAUAUUAUUUUCGUGGUUAAACAAAUAAAUGUAAAUUGUGUGGA